AUGGAAACUUUUUACCUCGGCAGACAUUAUCUCAAAAGUAGUAAAUCGUAAAGCAAAGCAGCGGGAAUAGAACCACUUACACUUGAGAACCUCAGCCUCUAUAAAGAAGUCUCUCGAGUCUCCGCAGCUGAUUUCUUCGACAAAACUUGUGUCGCACAUCCACGAGAAAAAAUCUCUACAUAUUUUUAACAUCAUGAUAUUAUUUACCGCAUUCCUCUUGGUGACUGUUUCGUCCCAGUUUAUUCAUGCUGAAGAUGCUCCACACCGUAGACUUCGUGCGCCGCAGCAAAGUCGUGCUGACUAUCAGGCUCCAGAUGGAUACGAAAAAAUUUUCACCCCUAAUUCGCAAAGGAAAGCACGCGAGCAAGGACAAAACACGCGACAAGAGCCCAUCAGAGCUCCAGUUCAAAAACAGACUGAGUUUUAUCAGUACAAACCGUAUUCAGCGAUUCCGGAAAACAUCAAGCAACUACUAAAUUAUUAUUACACACCUCAAGCACCAUAUGUUAAUCCUCAUUCAUUUUUUUACAACAUCAAUCCUAUGCAAACACUCGCUCAAGAUAAUUCAGAAGAUAAUUCUAAACAACAAGAAUAUUUACCACCCCAAGAAUCCAAACAGUUUUCAGCAUCGGAACAGUUUCCUGGACCAGAAUCUUGGUCCCCAUCGACAAGACAACCGACUUAUUCGCCUCCUGCUGGUUAUGACCAAAACCAACAAAAUUCACAAGCUCAUCGUUCAAAUUACCCGAGUCACACGCUAGCUUCGAUAAAAAAAACCCCAAAGGCAGGAAUUAAGUACAAAGAUGAUCUGACUCCCAAUCAGUAUCAAAAUCAAAAUCAGAAUGAUCAACGUUUUGGUUAUCGAUCAUCGGCGAAUUCCCGCCAAGAUCAAGGCAAAAGGUCUCUAGAAAAGGACUUGGGAAAUUUUGAACAGAAACCCAGCCAAGGUUACUCAAAUAUGCCCCAAGAAAUCAGCCAAAUUUUGCAGUUCCAGGCUCAAAUUCCGUACAAUGUUCUCGCGAAUCAAAUUUUGUUCGAGUUCAAAAAACCAUUUGUUCCACAACCAUUGCCCAAUGACAUCCAAUACUCAGGACACUAUCCUAACAAGGUUUACUACGUGCGACCUGAUGGCGAAAUUGUCGACCAUCCUCCCGAAGAGGCCUCAAGUGGGCAAAAUUAUAAGUAUUAAUAUUAGUUGGGGCUUUGAUUUAUCUUAUUGUAGAAAGUUGUAUAAAUUAUCACUUAUGAAUUUAUAAUGUAAAUUGUAAUGUUUUGACGUUGAUUGUAUGCUAUCAAUUUAUGUGUCAUAUAAAAAAACGUUGUAAUUAAUGUUGUUAAUAAAGAAUUAUUUUUAAUUGA